AUGGAUUUGACCAUAUUAUUGUCGAAAAAAUACGGCCCUCUCAUGUAUCUAAAGCUCGGAAAUGUGCCUACGGUCGUGGCAUCGACGCCAGAGACCGCGAAAGAAAUCUUGAAAACGUACGACGUAGAUUGUUGUUCUCGGCCUUAUCUGGCUUGCCCCGGUAAACUCUCUUACCUUUCCAACGAUCUCGCAUUUUCUGAUCCCUACAACGAAUACUGGAGAGAACUACGAAAGAUGAGUAUGUUCGAACUCUAUAGCUCGAAAAGGGUUCAAUCAUUCCAACAUACAAGAGACGAAGAAGUCAGCUCGUUCAUUGACUUUGUCAAGCAAUCGGGUUUAUCAGGAAGUCCGGUUAACUUAAACCGGAAGUUAAUGAGUCUCUCAGCCAACAUGAUUUCUCGGGUCGGGUUCGGGAUGAAUUUUAGAGGGAGCAAACUCGAGGAAAAGUAUGAAGAAGCUGUUCUUGAAUCCAUGAAGGUGAUGGGGAGCUUUGCCGCGACAGAUUUCUUCCCGUAUAUCGGUAGGAUCAUCGAUAUGUUUACGGGAUUACACGGAAGGUGUGAAAAGAUUUCUCGUGAACUCGACGAGUUUUACGAGCAAGCGAUCAAAUACCAUCAACAGCAUGAGAACAAGAACGAUCAAAAAGAUUUCAUCGGCCUUCUUCUUGCUAUGGAGAGAGGAGAACUUGGCCUUGGUGGGAAGUUCCGGCUCACUAGAAACCAUAUCAAAGGGAUCCUUAUGGAUGUCCUUCUAGGCGGAAUAGACACUUCCGCCCAAGCCGUGGCAUGGACGAUGACACAUCUGAUGACAAACCCUAGGGUUAUGAGGAAGGUACAAACCGAACUCAGAGAACGCAUCAAGAACAAGGACAACAUCACCGAAGAAGGCAUGAAAGAUCUCGAUUAUUUGAAAAUGGUGAUCAAAGAGACGUUCAGAAUCAAUCCCGUUUUCCUUCUUCUUGCCCCGAGAGAGACGAUGAACGAUGUCAAGAUCAACGGGUACAGCGUACCGAAGAAAACCCGGAUCCAAGUGAACAUAUGGGCGAUCCAUCGCAAUCCCGAGACAUGGAAAGAUCCAGAACGUUUCAUCCCGGAAAGAUUUGCUGAGGCCGAUAUGGAUUACAAAGGUCAGAACUUCGAGCUGCUGCCCUUUGGAAGUGGGAGGAGGGUAUGCCCCGGAAUGGGGAUGGGGAUGGCUUUGGUACACUUGGCUCUUAUGAACCUUCUUUACCGAUUCGACUGGAAGCUUCCGGAAGGGACGAAGAUCGAAGACGUGGACGUGGAGGAAAUCUAUGGCCUUACAGCUCGUAAGAAGGAACCACUUCAACUUGUCCCCAUCGUAACUCAAUGGACAUGAUCCGACGCUCGGCUUUCAUCUCUCCGAUCGGAUGUAAAAUAAAUGGAGAAUGUGUGUACGGCCAAGUUAGUGGUUUAUAUAGAUGAUUAUCAAAAGCAAAACAUGUAUUAAGACUAAGGACCACAUAAUAUUUGUACCCAAAAACCUCAAAUAUAUAAAUUAAUAAAUA